AUGCUUAUACCAGAUGGAAGCUUUCCUGUAAAUGUCAAGGUCUAUGUGAUAUUACUGUCACACUCCAAUCGGCGAAUCACAUCAGUCACACUCCAAUCGGCGAAUCAGAUCCACGGGUAUCGAUUCGUGAUGCCUGGGAUAGAUAGAAUCAGCGAAUUGCCGGAAUCUCUGGUUUCUCAAAUUCUCUCACACCUUCCGACGAAAGAUUCGGUGAAGACGAGCGCUUUAUCCACCAGGUGGAAGAAUCAGUGGCUCAAAGCUUCCGGAAUCGACUUAACCUACAACGAUUUCCGUCAUUUCGAAUUGGAAGUCUACAUGAGCUUCAUCGACAGAUUCCUCGAGUUCAACACCGAGUCACGCCUCCGAAAAUUCAAGGUGAAGUCGAGGGAUUUGAUGAUAGCUGGAUUCACCGAACGGAUUCGCACAGCGAUCAACCGCGGAAUUCAGCAUCUAGAUGUUGAGAGCAGUGAUUUCUAUCUAGAGACUGACGGUGACAGGACCUAUCCUUUUACUGAGAUCAUGCCUGUGAAUCUGUACACGAGCAAGACGUUGGUUUCUCUAAAGCUCUCGAAUUCGGGUCUUCGAGAUUGUGGCUUUGUGUCUCUGCCUUGUCUCAAAUCCAUGCAUCUUGUAGAUGUUCGAUGGGUUGAUCAUAUGGAUCUUGAGAAGCUCCUCUCGGGAUGUCCUCUUCUUGAAGAAUUGACCUUUGAUACUGAAGAUGAAUACACACUUGAGAUUGAUGCUCCGGAGUUGGAGUUUUUGAGUCUGAGAGAAGAGCAUUUCGGUAGGAUUGUGGUGAAGAAUUUGACUUGUUUGUUCACCAUCGACCUUGAUGUAGAAUCUUGCUUGAGUUUCAGCCCGGAGGACUUGUCAAAGAGAAAUGAAGCACUUGACCUUUACUCAAAAGUAGUAGGAUUGAUUCCGAAAUUCAACAACUUGUCCUGCCUAGAAGCCGUCUUCCCGAGCUCCUCGUUACAGUUCUUGCCUUCGUUUCUUGAGAGUUUCCCGAAUCUGAAACACCUAAUCUUGGUUGUGUUGUUUUUCAAGGGGAAUCACGUAUUUGAACUCUUGAAUGUGCCUCGGUGUUUCUUGUCGACGCUCGAGUGUGUUGAGAUAAAAGGAAUUUUUGAUUGGGGUGAAGAGGAGAUGAAGAUAACGAGCUACUUUCUUGAAAACUCAAAAGUUCUUAAGAAACUCAUUUUGAGCUUUACAGGUUGUCCUCAGCAUUAUUCAGAGUCAGAAAUCUACGAGGAGAUUGGUAAACUUACAAAAGGUUGUGGAGGAUGUGACGUAACCAUUGUUUCUGAGUUUUGA